UUUUUAAUAUUGGUUUUUGUUUCGUCAUCAGUUUGAUGAUUCUUGAUUGUUAAUCUUGUCGAAUCUAUGGCGGAUUGUGUUUUUUAGUGUGGUUUUAAGAGAAGCGAUUUUAGUUGAAAAAAGAGGUUACCGCAGAGAGGCGAACUGUAGAGGACGGAUCGAUCGAGCAACCGCUUGCCGACUUCCGUCCCGUUCGAUUAAACCGACAACAACUGAAUGCACAAAUUCCGGAAUUUUUAUGGAAAUUUGAAAAAGAUCUGUCGUCGUCUGCAAAGGCGUCUGAGAGUGCCCAUUCCGACUUGCAGAAGAGUUACGGAUCAGUUACUUGCUGAAUUCACCUCCAAUUUGUUGAAGAAUUGCUGGCAUUGGCGUCCCCGAGCUUCAUCCUGCUGAAUUCUCCCCAAUUGUGGCGUUUUGAAGCUCAAUUAUGUGGAUGAACACUUGGGGUUAGAUUUAGGGUUAGGGUUAGGGUUAGGGAUUUUGCUUGAAUUGGGGAAUUUUGUUGUGGAGUUUGAAUGGGGAAUUGCUGUAGAUCUCCGGCGGCGGUUGCUAGAGAAGAUGUCAAAUCGUCGAAUUACUCCGGCAACGAUCACGGCCGGAAGGACAAAUCGAGCGGCGGAUUUAAGAAAAAAGCGGUUACUGUUCUUCCGGACGUGAAGAAGGAGAACAUCGAGGAGAAGUACAUGGUGGAUCGCGAGCUCGGGCGUGGAGAAUUUGGGGUUACUUACCUGUGCAUCGAGCGUGGAUCGAGUGCGCUGUUGGCUUGCAAGUCGAUAUCGAAGCGGAAGCUCCGGACGGCGGUGGAUGUGGAGGAUGUCCGGCGAGAGGUGGCGAUAAUGAAGCAUUUGCCGCAGAAUUCGAGCAUCGUGAGGUUGAAGGAGGCAUGCGAGGAUGAAAGCGCCGUGCAUCUAGUGAUGGAGCUCUGCGAGGGUGGGGAGCUGUUCGAUAGGAUCGUUGCUCGCGGCCAUUACACAGAGCGAGCUGCGGCGGCGGUGAUGAGGACGAUAAUGGAGGUUGUGGAGCUCUGCCAUAACCAUGGAGUUAUCCACAGGGACUUGAAGCCUGAGAAUUUUUUGUUUGCGAACAAGAAGGAGAAUUCUCCGCUUAAAGCCAUUGAUUUCGGAUUGUCGAUUUUCUUCAAGCCAGGCGAGCGAUUCUCGGAAAUUGUGGGAAGCCCUUAUUACAUGGCGCCGGAGGUGCUCAGGCGAAAUUACGGACCAGAAAUAGAUAUAUGGAGCGCCGGGGUGAUCCUAUAUAUCUUGCUAUGUGGAGUUCCUCCUUUUUGGGCUGAAUCCGAGCAAGGUGUCGCCCAGGCGAUAAUACGCGGUAAAAUCGACUUCGAGCGGGAACCUUGGCCGAGUAUUUCGGAGAGUGCAAAGAACCUUGUGAAGCAGAUGCUCGAGCCCGAUGUUAAGGUUCGACUCACGGCAAAGCAAGUUCUUGAACAUUCAUGGCUCCAGAAUGCAAAGAAGGCACCGAAUGUCCCGCUCGGCGAUGUUGUCAAGUCGAGACUAAAGCAAUUUUCAUUGAUGAAUCGAUUCAAACGGAAGGCACUCAGGGUGAUCGCGGAAUUCUUAUCUAACGAAGAAGUUGAAGGCAUCAAAGAGAAGUUCGCGCAGAUAGACACUGAUAGAGACGGUAUCGUUUCUGUCGACGAGCUAAAGGCUGGACUGCAGAAGUUCAGUUCCGUAAUUGCACAGUCCGAAAUACAGAUGCUCGCCGAAGCUGUCGAUGCGAACGGAAAAGGAACGAUGGAUUAUGGAGAAUUCCUGGCAAUGUUUCUCCAUCUCCAGCGAAUGGCGAACGAUGAACACCUUCACCGAGCAUUCUCUUACUUCGACAAAGAUGGAAACGGAUACAUCGAGCCGGGCGAGCUCUGCGAAGCCUUGGUGGAAGACGGAGCCGACGACGACGGAAAAGACGUCGCAAACGACAUUUUCCAGGAAGUCGAUACGGAUAAGGACGGGCGCAUUAGCUACGAUGAAUUUGCGGCGAUGAUGAAAACGGGGACGGAUUGGCGAAAGGCUUCGCGGCAUUACUCGAGAGGGAGAUUGAACAGCCUCAGCUUAAAGCUGAUGAAGGAUGGCUCCAUCAAAAUGGAUGGGUGAGUAAAUAUUACAUGACAUACAUAUAUAUAUACAUCUAUCUACCUAUAUAUCGAUUGCUUAUCCAUGAAUGUGUAUGUAUUUAAACUACCUGUCUUGAUUUGUUUGUUUGUUUGAAGUGUUGGUUUAGUAAAAUGCACAAUGUGUCUUUAUGUUCAUGCUAGUAAUUCUAAUUAUUUGGGCUUUGUUUGGUU